CUUCCUCACCCCUCAGCCAUCCACACUCGACUCUCUGUCAUUCUUUGGAAUGGCGACCAGUCUCCCGCCUCUGGCUGUUCCAGGCCAGCGACUGGGACCGACUUCUUCUUACUCUGCUGGUCCUGGCACACACGUCCUGAACGCACACGUAUACGCCUCAAUUGCUGGCCCGGUGGUUGCAAACCCUGCUCAGCCAGGUGCCAAACAAAAGUCCGUUCUCACUGUUUCUCGGACAUAUAACCAUGCGUCUCCUGGUGAAGGAACAUCUAAUUUAUCUCCCAAUGGAGUCAAACCGGUACCGACACCAGCAGCAUCAUCUACCAAACCUGCACCCCCAAAAUCAAAACUAAGAUACAACACCCUCCCCGCGGUUGACUCUAUCGUCCUGGCACGAGUAACACGUGUCCAGAAACGCCAAGCCACCGUUUCCAUCCUAGUCGUGCUCGAUGAUUCGCAGCUCGCUUCAGACAACGACGACAUCGAGUCCAUCCUCACAUCCGCAGUGAACGUGGAGAACCACAGCAGCUCAGACGAGCUGCGUUUCCAAGCUCUCAUUCGCAAAGAGGAUGUGCGUGCCGUUGAGAAAGACCGCGUUGUCAUGGAUGAGAUGUUUCGCGUCGGAGAUAUUGUGCGCGGUUCGGUCAUCUCGCUGGGUGACCAGAGCUUCUAUUAUCUUACCACGGCGCGGAAUGAUCUUGGUGUCGUAAUGGCACGGAGUGAGGCUGGUAACAUGAUGUUUCCUGUCAGCUGGAAGGAGAUGAGGGAUCCCGCGACUGGGGUUGGGGAGUCGAGAAAGGUGGCUCGUCCCUUCUGAGGAAUCUGAUUCUUUCUUUCCAAAACAGUGAAGGAAGGAAAUGUUCAUGAUAACUCGCGUCAUGCCCCACCGUAUACCCACUGCAGUUUGGGGCUCACACUGAUAUAUCAGAAAUGCGAGCUGCUUUGGAUUGCGAAGCUUCAUUUCGCAGCAGCUCAUUCACAUCGGCAGUGUCAGCCAGAAGGUCCUGCCUGCAACUGCGCUCGAUCCUGCUAGCAAUAAUGGCUAUUUCUCCAUAAUUCAUGCAGACGGCAGCAUUGCAACGACAGGUUGACUUGACGCAACGUCAAGCAUUGAUACAAACUCGACAUAUCUACGAAUGAUGAAUCAACGUGUUACCAUCACUAGAGGUCUAGAGGUACCCGAUGGGCACUACGAAUAGACUCGGAACCUCUCGAGAAAAAAAAAGACUUAAUGAGAAGCCAUAUCCAUAUCCACUUUUUUUUUUCUCCAGCUGUCUUUCAUUGUAGCUUUCUACUACGAGAUCUACCGUUCAACCUCCUCAGUAUCCGUGGUCUUGACUUCAUCAAUGUCAGUCUGUGGUUGUCACUGGAGGGAUAUCAUUGUCAUAACCUUUUUCAUAGUCCUCUUUCCUAUUUCUUUUGCUGUGAAAUCUGGAAAUUUUUCAUUGAUGAGGGUACAUAUCUUAAAAGGGAUGGAAUGCGAGCCUCUUUCUGGUAUGUAGUAGAGUAGAUUAAGAGCAAAUCAAUCCAUAAGACACAGAU